AUGGCGGAGCUGCUGCACGGACAGGCCUCGGUAGCACAGAACGAUGACUUUGCAGACACUAUUCGGCGUGUCCGACAGAUGGCCGCCAAAAUGGGAGGAGACCAGAUGCCCUCCCUGAACACGAGUCCAGUUAUCGAUGCUUCACUUUACAGUUUUGGAGGCCACAGACGAUCUCCAGAUAAUGGUGGAAACCAAUUCAAUACGAUGCUAAACUCAAGGGCUCUCGCCACAGAAGACUUCAAAGUGCCUGAUAAAAUGGUGGGAUUCAUUAUUGGGAAAGGGGGCGAGCAAAUAUCAAGAAUUCAGUUGGAAUCCGGUUGUAAAAUUCAGAUUGCAUCAGACAGUGGGGGGAUGUUGGACAGACCCUGCACUCUCACAGGGAGCCCAGAGAACAUUGACCAGGCCAAGAGGCUCCUGAAUGUGAUCGUGGAGCAGUGUCGGUACGGACCCGGCUUCCACAGCGAGAUGGACGGCAACGGCGCCAUCCAGCAGAUCCUCAUCCCUGCCAACAAAGUGGGUCUGGUCAUUGGCAAAGGAGGAGAGACCAUCAAGCAGCUGCAGGAGAGAACAGGGGUGCAGAUGAUGAUGAUCCAGGACGACCCCAUGCCCACCGGCGCCGACAAACCACUGAGAAUCACCGGAGACCCCCUGAAAGUCCAGCAAGCUCGUGAACUGGUGGCGAAGCUCAUCAGAGAUAAAGACCAGGUGGAGUUCAGGUCCAGCCGAGGAGACAACGGAUACAAGAGCAGCGGCACCUCCCUCGAUAUGGCUGUUCCCAGAUUCGCUGUUGGGAUAAUUAUUGGCAGAAAUGGAGAAAUGAUCAAAAAGAUUCAGAACGACGCUGGUGUCCGGAUUCAGUUCAAACAAGAUGAUGGAAUAAGUCCUGAACGAGUGGCUCAAGUGAUGGGGCCGCCCGAGAACUGCCACCACGCUGUGCACCUCAUCAACGAACUGGUUCAGACGGCUCAGGAGAGAGAUGGCUUUGGAGGCAUGACCGGGCGCCGCAGCCGAUCAGACUGUAGCUCCGGUGGCGUUGGCGGUUUGCAGGAAGUGACUUACGCCGUACCUGCCGACAAGUGCGGCCUUGUCAUCGGAAAAGGUGGAGAGACCAUCAAAAACAUCAAGGAGCAGUCCAGAGCUUAUGUGGAGCUGCAGAGAAACCCUCCUCUCAACACAGACCCCAACAUGCGCAUCUUCUCCAUCCGCGGGACGCCUCAGCAGUUGGAGAAGGCUCGUCAGCUGAUCGAUGAGAGGAUUGGGGGCCCGGGGAUCGGGGGAAACGGCAGCUUCAGUGUGAGCUCCUUUAACCAAGGCCCGUCCACUCCACCACAACAUGGCCCUCAGAGCUUCCUGACCGGACGAUGGGGGACUUCGUUUCAGAUGUGGCAGCCUCAGGGCCAGCAGGAGCAGAGUCACAAUGGCGCCCAGAGCGGACAGAUGGACUGGGACCAGUAUUAUAAAAAGCUCGGUCAAAGUCAGCCUCAAAGCAGUCCUGAAUACAAGGCUUGGGGACAGAGCAGCGGCGCCUCAUCUCAGCCCAGCUCUGACUACAGCGCCUGGGUGGAUAUUUACCGUCAGCCGGUGUCCUUCUUCAAUCAGGGAGCUCAGCCGACGGCAGGCCAGGUGCAGGUCCGACCCACCGACAUGUGA